GCCACUAAUCAACGAGGAGCAUUCGUUUGAAGCUCCCAUGCGUGUAUGUGAUUGGUGUAUAUCAUAAUGCUGAACAUGCUGAGGCUUGCCAUUGGUAUUUUAUCUUUGAUCAUAUUACACGGGGUUUGUGAUGCCUGGAGGAGUAAUAGAACUAGCAGGGGUGACCAAGGGCGCCUUAUACAUUAUCUUCUUGACACUGGAUAUGACGUCAGAGUAAUGCCCUUUGUUGAAGAUGGUGGACCCGUUCUCUUCAACCUGUCUCUAUCUCUCGUCGCGAUAUCAGAUCUUGACGCUAAAACCCAGCUACUUCAUGGAUCAUCAUGGCUCAUCGUGGAUUGGCACGAUGAUAGGCUUAUCUGGGAUCCUGAGUUAUAUGGCGGGAUUGAAAGUGUAAUUGUCAACAUCGAUCAAACAUGGUCACCAAAAUUAUACCUACAAAAUGCGGUGCAAGACAAACCAGAGAAUCCUAUAAAGGAUGAAGUCAGUCAAACUUUCAUCACAUACGAUGGAUGGUUACAUCUCGAAUCACCUUUAAUACAUCACACAUCAUGUGAUCUAAAACUUGACAACUUUCCCCUAGAUGAACAGGAAUGCUGGUUGCGAUUUACAUUGCAAAACACACCAAGUUAUCUCGUGAGACUUCAUUCAGCCCAGCUUCAUAUUCCGCAACAAAAUAUCAGCUCUGAGUGGAAUAUCAUGCCUCCUCAUCCUGCUACAAAAACUGAGUACAUUCCUCUCGGCUUGGUCGAUGGGAUAAACAUCACUAAUGAGGUGAUGCAUAUCGGUUUCAAAUUCAAAAGACUGCCCAGAUUUUACAUCCAGAAUGUGAUGUUACCAGUGACAUUCCUCAGCUGGUUAUCGAUUGUUGUUUUCAUCAUUCCCGCCAAAAGUGGAGAGCGUCUUUCGGCGUCCAUCUCUCUUGUUCUGGGUGUGACUGUCUUUCAGAUUGUUGUUACAGACAGCCUACCAAAAAGCUCUCGUGGUGGUGUUGCGAUGUUGUCAGUAUACGUACAGCAAUGUUUCAUCAUGAGUAUCGUGGUCACCAUAAUGUCCGCCAUCGUCAUCAAAAUGAGUCACCAGGAAGGCAAGAUCAAGAAUAAGAUCAUCAUGACUGUUUUCUUCGACCGCCUUGGACCGUGGUGCUUUGUUAAUGGUCGUGGGUGUUGCCGGAAGAAGGCCAAGGGUUCGAAUCCCACCGAGAGGUGCGCUGGUGGAGUUCCGCCGAUGGAUGCAUGUGUCGCAGGAGAGAUCCUGUCAUCUGGUGGUCAAGCUUUACAUCCUCGUGGUCAAGCUUGGGUC